AUGCCGGUGGCUAUUGAUGUUGGCCAACGUGUACUCGUCUAUAAUCCUUCACACGGAUGGACACUAGCAUAUUUUGUCACUGCACAACAAACAAAUGAUAAUAAACUUCAAAUAUUAACAUGUCGUUUAUCAAAUUGUCAUCAUAAAGCAACAUCACAAGAUCAUUAUCGUUAUCCACCUGAACGUGUAGCUUUAAAUGAUACAGUUAAUAAUAAUCUAAAUGUUGGUACACGUGUACUUUGUAUGCCAAGUGGUGAUGCUGAUACAUCAAGAUAUAUUGAUAAACCAUUACGUGGUAUUAUAGCUGAACAACCAUCAUUAAUUAAUAAUCAACGUUAUUUAAUAUUUUCUGAUAAUGAUGCACCAUUUUAUUUACGUUCAAUAGCAAUACAUUUAUUACUUGAAUCAUUAUCAAAUUAUUUAUCAAAAGUUGAUACUGGUACAAAACAUUAUAUUGAGAAUUAUGUUUUAACAUAUCCUAAACGACGUCUUGUUAAUAUAUCAGCUAAAGAUCAUAUUAAUAUUGAAUUAAAUGGACAAUGGAUUGAUGCUAUUGUAUCAAAAGUUGAAGGUAGUCUUAUACGUGUUUUUCUUCCAUUAUUAAAUAAACAUGAAUGGCAUUAUCGGGGUUCAUUAAGAUUACAACCAUUAUUUAAUUCAUUAUCAUCAUAUGAACCACCAUGUAAACGUUUAGCUAUAAGUAAAGAUAUUAAAAUUGAUAAUAAAUGUCAUUUUCUUUUAAUACCAUUAAAUCAAGGAUGGAAACGACAAAUACGUAAUGAUUUAGGUACAAUUGUAUAUAUAUCACCAUGUGGACAAAUGUUUACGGAUGCUGAACGUUUACAAACAUAUUUAUUUCAAAUAGAUUCAUUAUUAAAUAUAAAACAAUUUUCAUUUGAUAUGAAUUGUCGUGUAACACAAAAAUUUAUUUCACCAAAAAAAUCUUUUAUACAACUUGAAGAUUAUUCAUAUGAACGUGAAAAAGUACCAUUAAUGUUAGUUAAUGAAUAUGAUACAACAUUACCGAAAACAUUUGAAUAUAUUACAGAUAGAAUACCCUUAACAUCUGAUAUAAUUAUUGAUAAAAAUACUAUACAAGGUUGUUCAUGUUUAGAUGGUUGUUUAGAUACAUUAAAAUGUGCUUGUUGGAAAAAAACUUAUGAUGGUAUUAUUCAAUCACAUUAUUAUGAAGAUUUAAUUGGAGAAUUAAGAGAAUUAUUUGAUGAUAAUGAUGGUAAUUUAGAAAAUAUGAGAUUAUAUCUUUAUGAUGCUUUAGCUAAAAGAAAUUUUGGUUAUAAACAUGGACGAUUACUGGAAAAGAUUCAUUCAGAUGCAUCCCUAACGUCUGUAUAUUUUGUUUUUGCUUUGUUUGAAGGUAUUUAUGAAUGUAAUGGAAAAUGUAAAUGUGAUUCACGAUGUACAAAUCGAUGUGUUCAAUUUGGUUUAAAUACUCUUCUUCAAAUUUAUAAUACAUGUGAAAAAGGUUGGGGUGUAAGAACACUUUAUGAUUUACCCGCAGGAACAUUCUUAAGUUUUUAUGCUGGUGAAAUACUCAAUGAUGAAGAUGCUAAUCGACGUGGUGUACAAAAACAUAUGGGUGAUGUUUAUUUUACCGCAUUAGAUUUUGUUGCAUCAUUAAAUCCAUCAUCAUCAAGGAAACCAAGACCAAUGAUGAAUAUGAAUAAUGUUAAUCAUAUUGAAAAUAUGAAUAUAACUUCUGAAAUACAACAACAUAAUGGAAAUGGUCAUACAUAUUUUGAAGAAGAAAAUAUUCCAAUUGAAAAAACAAAAGCAUUUCUUGAAUAUCAACAAGCUAAUUAUGAUCCUGGUAUAUUUGUUAUGGAUGCACAUUUAAAAGCAAAUGUUUCACGAUUUUAUAAUCAUUCAUGUUCACCAAAUGUUUUUGUUCAAAAUGUAUUUAUUGAAUCGUGGGAUGUACGAUUUCCUUGGGUAGCAUUUUUUACAGCGACGAAUAUUAAAGCGGGUACAGAACUUGUUUGGGAUUAUUCUUAUGAAGUUGAUACGGUAGAAAAUCGUGUUUUACAUUGUCGUUGUGGUUCAGAUGAAUGUCGUCAUCGAUUACUUUAA